GGGCGGACGUUGGGAUAACGACGAGCUUGUUUAAAGAUAUUUUUGUUUUGUUGUUUUUACGCAGGCUGAGAGCGUCCGCUGAUUGUGUUCGCUGUCUGGUAUUUGCUAAAUCUGAAAUUAUUGUUGUUUUUAAUUGAAGUUUUGUGUGUACAAAUCUGCGUUCCAUAUCGUAUGCAUGAGUGUAGAAAGUCGAAUGCCUAUUAAUUAAAAUCAACCGCAAGACAACUCUUCAGAAAUUGAAUAUUAAAAUGCGCUUAUUGCUACUCUCAACUUGGUUUAUCGUCGGCAUUGAGACACUGGCGCACGCGCAGGUUGCGUUUGUCGAAGAAGGGGCCGUCGAUAAGCAGAAGGCGAAUCUGGCGGGCCGGAAACCUCUUUACUCACCUUCGCGCUGUAAAAAGUACGAGCUACUCUAUCCGGGCGAUCAGUUUGACGACUGGAUUUGCGAUUGCGCACCAGCUGCUCUUUACCAUCCCGAUUCGGACGCUUGCUUCCCUGCUUAUAGGCAAGGGCCCUGCAAGAGCGGUGAAAUGCUGGUCCUUUACAAGGACAAAAUCAUACCAGAAUGCGUGAGCAAUCCCUGCCGGGAAGAUAAUCAUUUUAUGAUUCAAGGCAAGUGCUACGAGUUUGGCAACAACCAAGGCCAUUCCAAUCCGUGCCCUCUUAAAGAGUACACCUAUGUCUUGGGCGUCAAUCCCAAAACGCUGAUGGUUGACUGUAUACAACUUUCUCUGCAACUGCAGACUCGUUUCGGAGAAGAGGAUGCCACACUCGUAGCGCCACCUGAUUAUCACAUUGAGGUGGCUCAGAAAUGUGGUCGAGGAAGUCGCAUGUCAAUCCAGGGUCGCUGUGUGGCGACGCAAUGAAGCAGAGGAAAUUUAUGAGCACUUAAAAAAAUGUUGACCUACAUUUAUACAUUAAACAAAGAAUAAAGAUAACAUAUGUAUGUAUUUAAUUUA